GGAUGCUGCUGUGGGAGCUGCUCACGGGCGAGGUCCCCUACCGCGGCAUCGACGGUCUCGCCGUGGCCUACGGGGUGGCGGUCAACAAGCUCACCCUGCCCAUUCCGUCCACCUGCCCUGAGCCCUUCGCAAGCUCAUGAAAGAAUGCUGGCAACAAGACCCUCACAUCCGCCCGUCUUUCGCCUUAAUUCUCGAGCAGCUGACCGCCAUCGAAGGGGCGGUCAUGACGGAGAUGCCCCAGGAAUCCUUUCAUUCCAUGCAGGACGACUGGAAGCUGGAGAUUCAGCAGAUGUUCGAUGAGCUGAGAACAAAGGAAAAGGAGCUGCGGUCCCGCGAGGAGGAGCUGAACCGGGCGGCCCUGCAGCAGAAGUCGCAGGAGGAGCUGCUGAAGCGGCGGGAGCAGCAGCUGGCGGAGCGCGAGAUCGACGUGCUGGAGCGCGAGCUCAACAUCCUCAUCUACCAGCUCAACCAGGAGAAGCCUAAGGUCAAGCGGAGGAAGGGCAAGUUCAUGAGGAGCCGCCUGAAGCUCAAGGACGGGCACCGCAUCAGCCUGCCCUCAGAUUUCCAGCACAAAAUCACCGUGCAGGCCUCUCCCAACCUGGACAAACGGAGGAGUCUGAACAGCAGCGGGUCCAGCCCGCCCAGCAGCCCCACCGUGAUCCCGCGGCUCCGGGCCAUACAGCUGACUUCAGAUGAAAGCAACAGAACGUGGGGAAGGAGCACGGUCUGCCGACAGGAAGAGUUUGAGGAUGUAAGAAGGAAUUUCAAGAGGAGAGGCUGUACCUGGGGACCCAGUUCUAUCCAAAUGAAAGAAAGAACUGAUUGCAAAGAAAGAAUAAGACCUCUCUCGGAUGGCAACAGUCCUUGGUCAACUCUCUUCAUAAAACAUCACAAAACCAUGCCGUUGGAUUCGUUGUUUGUGGACCAACCAGGUGCUUGCGAAGAACCCAAACCCUCUGCGGACGGAUCAGAGCCCAGAAAACCACAGCAGAUCAAACCCUCAGCGCCAGCCCCGGCGGACCCGCCUCUGGGGAAAGAUGGGCAGCGAGAGAGCCCGCCGGAGACUGAGAACUGGGAGGAUGCUGCCUCAGCCGCCGGCACCCCUCAGGGGACCCCGACCCACACUCUGAGCAGGCCGCCCCCCAGGAGAAGGACGGAGGGCGCCCUGUACAGCUGCACCGCGCUGUUGGCGGCCGUGGCCCUGGGCCUGGACAUCCGAGAGCUGCCCCGGGUGCCGGCCUCGGAGGAGCCGGGGCCCAGGGAAGAAAGGAAGAAACGCGAGGGCAUCCUGCAGCGGGCACCCUGGCCCCGGGGGGCCGCCGAUCGCCCCCGGGCAUCGGCCACGCUGCCCCCGCCCGGCGCCCUGGGUCUUCUCUCCAGGCCCUCCCUCUCCACCAAGUGCCUGCUGCAGGCGGAGGGCGGGGAUUCCCUCGAGGGCGGCGCCCACAGCAUGCGCGCCCCCGACGUGCUCACUCCGGGUGUCUGUCCUGCCGCAGGAGGGUGCCAGCCCGCCUCCCCACCCAGACGCGAGGCCGAGAGCGGGGUGUGGAGGCACCUGGGUCCCCCCUCCUCGGAGCUGCCCCGUGGGAACGCGCCUCCCUGUGCUUCCUCGAAGAAAAGGGCAGCGAGUCACAGGCGGACCGUGUCCGAUGGCAACGCCUCUCUGGCCCCAGCAGCUGCUGCCACGGGAGCUCCAGGACUGCCCCCCGAGCGGGUGUGGGGACCCCCCCACCCCUCCUGGCCUCACAGGAACCUGCCCCUCCAGGCCCUGCCACUGGAGGCCCCACGGGGAAAACACAGAGCCUUCACCCCUGUGCCUCCCCCCUCCGCCCUCCCAGCCCCCACGGAUGCCCCCCAGGCCUUCCCGGGGAGGACAGAGCCUCUGCCCGCGCAGACGGACCCUGGCCUGGGCGGCGGGGCACUGACCCCUGGCUGUCCCCUCGGAGCCCGGGACAGAACUAGGUCGCUCGGGCCCUCCCUGCUGGACGCCGACGUGCAGGGCCAGAGCCAGGACUGCACGCCGCCCCUGUGCCGGGCGAAGAGCGGGAACGGCCGGCCGGCCGGCUACCAGCUGGAGAAGGAGUUCCUGUCUUAGUGCCUUAUGUAUGCAAGCAUUUCUCUCUUUUAUAAGGUGAACGAUUAAAACACUGCGUCUGUCUUUGA